UCAGUGUAUUUGAUAUUCCAAAGGCAAGGCUGUACUACGUACGCUGAACAAACCGAACCGAACCAAACCGAACAGACUUGAGUUUUUAGUAGAAGAAAAUUUAUAAAGUGAACAAACAGCAGGCUAGUAGUACUGAACGCUGGUGCAAGAUACAGAAGAUUCGGUUGGAGGUGCAAUUAAAAGGCAAAUUACGCGACAUUUUCGUACGGCUACCAUAACUCAUUGAGAGCUUCAAACUUGUCAGUUGAGUGUAACGCAUUAAAAAAACCAAAUACAAAUAUGAGUGCAGCAGGAGAUCGCCCGAAGCGUCCGCUGUCCGCCUACAUGCUAUGGCUGAACGAGACUCGUGAAUCCAUCAAGAAGGAAAAUCCCGGCAGCAAGGUAACAGACAUCGCCAAGCGCGGUGGAGAGCUGUGGCGCGGACUUAAGGACAAGACGGAAUGGGAGCAGAAGGCCAUCAAAAUGAAGGAGGAGUACAAUCGGGCGGUGAAGGAGUACGAGGCCAAUGGCGGCACUGAUUCCGGUGCGCCCAAGAAGCGAAAGAAGAUGCCCGUGAAGCCCGUCAAGAAGAUCAAGAAGAAGGAGUCCUCCGAGGAGGAUGAGGAGGACGAGAGCGAGUAGAGGGAAUGCGAAAUGGCAGCUAUUUUGCAUAAGUUUUAAAAUACAUUUUAUUAAUGUAAUUUUUUAAGUGACAUAAAAAAAAACCAAACAAAAAAAAGAAACAAAUUACAAAAAAAAACUCUUAAAAUAUGAAAAAAACUACAAAAAAAUACAAAGAAUUAAGACCUUAAAUCUUUAAAUAUGCACUA